AUGGCCCCAACUAAGAAGGGAGAGAAAAAGAAGGGGCGCUCAGCCAUUAAUGAAGUGGUGACCCGGGAGUACACCAUCAACAUCCACAAGCGCAUCCAUGGAGUGGGUUUCAAGAGGAGAGCCCCUCGCGCUCUGAAUGAGAUCCGCAAGUUUGCCGUGAAAGAGAUGGGAACUCCAGAUGUACGCAUCGACACUCGUCUGAACAAGGCAGUGUGGACCAAAGGCAUCAGGAAUGUUCCGUACAGAAUGCGCGUACGGUUGUCCAGGAAGCGCAAUGAGGACGAGGACUCUCCUAACAAGCUGUACACCCUCGUCACAUAUGUUCCUGUCACAACAUACAAAGGGUUGCAGACAGUCAAUGUGGAUGAAAACUAAAUGUCCCCUCUGCGAGUGGAAUAAAUGUAUAAAAAGGA